AUGCCUCUUAUGCUGGACAAUGCCAUGAACGGUGGUCCCAUGCAAGUUGAUCAGCUCGACGUCGAUGACCUGUUCGGCGACGGGGUCGGCGUCGGCGUCGGCGUAGGAGUUGGCGUUGGCGUUGGCCUGUCUCUCCAAACCGCCCGCCCCCCCUCCAAGCAGCUGCGCCAGAGGAUAGAUGAACUGCGAACUCGUGGCUGUUGCCAGGGAGUAGCCUGGUCGAGAUCUGGCGCCAUCGCCUCCGUCUCUCCAGAUGGCAGGUCGCUGGAAACCAGGUUUCUGCGUUCUCACCCCGACAAUGGCGAAUGGGGCCUCAGCGAGCCUACAAAGGUUGAACUCGUCAGCACGAAUCCAUCGAGCCCUAUUGUUCAUCUUGCUUGGGCAUCGACCGCGAGCCCCGAGCUGGCUGUCAUCGACGCAACAGGGCGGGUUUCAAUACUGACCUACUCCAUCAACCUAAACCGACCCUUUGCCACUCGGAAAUGGGACCACGAGCCAUGCGACGACCUUCACGCUGUCGUUGGUUGUUACUGGCUUGCCUUGGCCCCUCAAAGCAAGCAGUACUACGUGUGUCAUGGACCAGCCGUCAAGGAUGGAAAUCAGUAUCGAUACGAGAGCUCUUUCGUCCAUGCGUAUGGCCCUUGGCACCCCAAUCAGUCAAAAAGUGCUUUGCUGUGCGUCACAGCAAACGGUAAUUUGAAGAUGUUCUGGGCCCAGAACAACAACAAGAUUGAAGAGACAACCUUGGAGCUCGAGAGCAUCAACUCAUCUGACGACUUGAUCACACAUGCUGCCCUUCACAGCGACAAGAGCUCAUUGUGGGUGGUUCUGGCUACUGCAUCCAAGCAACUGAAAGUUGUGAGGGUGGGCAUACACUGGGGUCUACCGCAGUCACAAUCAGACAACAAGCCACCCCCAGGGAGCCAGCCGCUGAACCCGACAAUGCAAGAAAAGCACGUCGCCAUCUCCAGCUGGUUGCCUGGCGGAUCAAGUACGUCGCCGAUUGACUCCGCCAUGACACAGUUAACACACCUGGAGAUCUUGCCAUCGACUAUGGAUUUGACUGGCCAGGGAUGGGCUCCUCUCGUCAUUCUCGCUGUCCGCACUUACUUGCCAACCCCGAAUACCCCGUACCAAGAAACACAGAGCAUCAUUGACAAAUGGGAGGUCAUCAACGACCAACCCCAAAGUCUGCAUCCUGCCUUUGAGCAGCUGGGAAACCGGAGAAAUAGCACGGGCUCGGCGCCCACACCCAAGCCCACAUCUCGCCUCAAGAAAUACGACCCCGUGGUAAUUAACAAAGCAAUCAUCGGUGUCCAUAGUCUACAAUACGGCAGAGUCGUCUGUCUGGCGUUUAGUGACGGCUCUGUGGAGUACCGCGACCGCUUCACAUUACAGGAAAUCUACAACGAAAUGAACCUGGAGCGCAUCAUGUCUCUCCACCAAGUCGGCUUCACUUUUCAGGAUGAUUCCCCUUGUCUACAAGCAGCCCUGUCCCCAACCAACUGUUCCCUGGUCAAGAUACAGGACGACGGGAAAGUGAAAUGGACAAGAUUGCACUAUCCAUUGGGGGAUAUCGGAAACUCCAACCAAGAGGCCCAAUACUCCGCAGUUCUGGCGGGCCUGACAGUAGCUGCGUCAACAGCGACUUUCAACAGUAUCAACUACGACGAUAUCCUAGCCGUUGCAAGGCCAUAUGCAGAAAAGAAGCGCUUCACCUUCGACUGGAUGAACGAGAUUGUUCGCAUGCUCAAGAUUCCCGUGGAUUACUCUGAAGACACCCAUCACGAUAGUCUCGUCCGGAACAGCUCACUUCAAAUGUGUCUGAGCAUUCUCAAUCACUUGGGAUACAAGGGAAUGUUCCAGCCACGCUCCUUUGGCAGCAAAUUUGCGAUGCUAGCUCUCAACGCGCGCAAUGUCGUCAUCCUCAUCACAAUCGCCAGUAACACACCGGUCAACAUCCGCGAGAAGCUUAGCCCCUUGGACGAGCACGAAGUCGUCGAUGCCCUCUCGGGAUGCGCGAAGUGGUCUCUCGACCUGCUCUCGUGGCUCACUGAUUCUCUUUUCGCCCUUCUGGACGAUCCGCAGUUCCUCGCUCUCCUCACCCCGCAGCGUUUUUCAGAAAUGAGCGCCUACCUACAGUCCCGCUCUGACGUUUCGCUCCAUCUCCUCCUCUGCUCUUCUACACGUGGCUUCCUCUCUGCCGUUUGCCGCCGCAUACUUCACCUCGAGAUCCUCUCCAACAGAGCCAUCGAGUUCUACGAGCGUCGAGCUGCGAUUUCAAACGCCAACGACCCCAACGCCGCGACAUCCAAGAACCUCCACACGGUCCUUUACAAGGCAUACCAAAAGAUGCAGCGCGUUACAUCAAGUAGCCUCAUAAAAGUACAAGAGUUCGACCGCCUCCUCACCGUGCUCAAUAACGAUAUCCGCUCGGCCUAUCAGACGUCUCUCGCGGCAUUAGCGAACAAGAACCCCGCCGGCGCUCAGGGGAACCCAAAAGCCAUCGAGCAACAGAUCAAGGGCGCUCAGUUCCACUGCGAGCUCAACAUGCUUCUAGCCUCCUCUCCACCCCCAUCGUUCCUCCAAGUCCUUCUCAAGUUUUUCAACACAGACCUCAAGAACUACCGCGCACAGACCGACCCGUCCAAGCUCUUCUUUGCAGACUUUGACCUCCUCGAGAUUGACGACGACCGCCGCUCUCUGUCAGCCAGGAAGGCGCGGGGCCAGUACAUCGACGCAUUCAAGCGCGUCGAGCUGGUCGGUCCGCCGGUCAGAGGCGCCAAGGAGCUCGAGGAGGCGAAGACGCCGCAGUGGAGGCGUUGUGUACGGUGCGCUGCUAUUAUGGAAGAUGCCUCUGGCUCGAGACCCGGCUUCACGUUCGUCCUGGCGCAGCAGCGGAAGUGCUCCUGUGGUGGACACUGGGCAUUGCUCCCGCGAGGGGCUUUGAUUAGCUAA